UUAUUAUUAUUAUAUAUAUAUACAAACUGGACUUUCAAAAUCCAAAAACGCUAGGCCCAAAAUGAAGAGCCACAUAAAAGCCCUGAACAAAAACCACCCAGGGGCAUUCCCGUCACUUUAAACCCAAACAGCCUAACGAACUGAGAAAAAAAUCCCCUCGUAACUUCUAACUAACGUCUGAUUCCCUCCCACAACAUCAACCAAUCACAGUCUUUCCCGCCCAAAAAUAAAUAAAUAAAUAAAUAAAAAUUCCCUUCAAUUGACAUUUUGCGCCUCUCACACUCUCUCUCUCUCUCUCUGUGAAAAAACACAUUCAAGCAGAGUUGCAGAGAACAAAAACCCUUCCCUCCAAAAAAAAAGCUUUCGAAUUCUUCCACCAAUGGCUUCCUCGCUUCUCGUCUCUUUCUUACUUCUCUCUUUCCUCUCUUUCGCAUCUCCCCUGCCUUCCGAUACAAUCCUCGACGCCGCCGAGAUUCUCUCCGAUUCCGGCUUCGUUUCCAUGGCUCUCACCCUGGAGAUCGUUUCCCAAACCCUCACCGUACAGUCUCCAUCUCUCACCAUCUUCGCUCCAAACGACGCUGCUUUCUCUCAGGCCGGUCAGCCCAGUCUCUCUCUCCUCCAAUUUCACUUCUGCCCUAUCCCUCUGCCAUUGGAGAGCCUCAAAUUGCUCUCCACUGGGACCAAGAUCCCGACGUUGUUAUCUGGGCACUCUCUGAUCGUCACCUCAUCGCCUUCCUCCGAUCAAAUUUCGCUCAACAAUGUUAAGAUUACCGGUGGGUCGCCAAUUUACGAUGAUGGGUCUAUGAUCAUAUUCGGAAUCGAGGACUUCUUCGAUCCGAAUUUCGGUCUUCCAGUUCCGAUUGGCAGUCCUCGUUCAACUCCAAGAUGUGGGUCUUCGUCAACGAACGGUUCAAUGGAUUUUCCAGGGGUUUCUUGGUUCGAAGGAGCAAGUGCGGCGCUGAGAUCCAAUGGGCACUCUGUAAUGGCUUCGUUUCUGGAUCUGCAACUGGAGGGUUUCAAGGAACCGACAAUGAUGACAAUCUUCGCUCCGGUUGAUCAAUCAAUGGUGAAUCCCAUGAAGAACGUUUCGGUUUUUCUUCGGCAUGUUGUUCCGUGCAAGCUUCUGUGGAAUGAUUUGGUGAAUUUCGAUGAUGGAACUGUGUUGCCGACUUAUUCAAACGGCUUCACCAUCACAGUUACAAGAUCUGAUAGCGUGUUGAUGCUCAAUGGAGUUCCGGUUUUCUUCCCGAACAUGUAUUUCAGCGACCCGCUUGUCGUUCAUGGCCUUAACGAGGUUCUUGCUGUCCAAGAGAAACCCAAAGAAAUGGCAGAACUUUUUUAUUGGACUGGAGAAGACGGUGACCAAAUGUUGUUGGGCAAUGAUGAAUUUUGAGGCCAAGAAUUCUAGAUUUAGUAUUUGUUUUUUUUCCAUAGAUGAAUUUUGAGGCCAUUAAAUCAUUUUUUCUUUUUCUUUUUUCGUGAUUUGAUUUUUGGGUUAGAUGGCUCUCUCAGAUUUUUCUGUAUAUCUGGUAAAAUUCAACUUGGCUUUCCUCUGAAUAUGUAGAUCUUUUACAUGUGAUUUCAAAAUUUCAUUGCUUAAACCCACUAUAUUCAAUGUC